AUGCAAUCAUUCAAGGCUGUAUUCUUCAAGCCGGAUCCUCGGGAACAGAAGCGAAAAUGCGACAGCAUCAUCCGCCGAAACGUUCACGCCUUGGACCGUGACAUCAGCAACCUCCGAGUCACGGAGCAAAAGACGAAGAGCUUAAUCCUUGCCGCAUCGAAAAGAGGGCAAAAGAACCCGUCGCAGGCCAAACAAGGCGCCGCCGAAGCACGAGUCUUCGCCCGCGAGUUGAUCCGAAUCCGAAAACAGGCGGCAAGAUUACACACGAGCAAGGCCCAACUACAGAGCGUGCAGAUGCAGGUCAACGAGGCCUUCUCCGUGCGCAAGAUCGAAGGCAGUCUCAAGGCCAGUACGGGCAUCAUGAAGGAUGUCAACUCUCUCAUUCGGUUGCCCGAGUUGAUGGGCUCCAUGCAAGAACUCAGCCAGGAGUUGAUGAAGGCUGGCAUCAUUGAAGAAAUGGUCGGCGAUGUAAUCCCUGACGAUGAGCUGUUGGAAGGAGAGGACGAGGAGGCAGAGUCAGAAGUCGACAAGGUGUUGGGCGAAGUGCUCAAGGGAAAACUCGCCACACCUGCAAAACAGGUCCCGCAACUCCCUGCGGAGGAAGAGGAAGAAGAGAAUAUCGAGGACCGAGAGGCAGAGUUGGAGCAAAUGCGAGGGAGGUUAGAAGCCCUCAAGAGUUAG